UGAUUCUUUAAUCUAUAUGGUACAUUUUAUUUAGGUUUUGAAUAUUUUCUUUGUGUAAAUAUAAACAAGUAGGUAAUUAAAAGUGGCGUUUGGGCAUAUAAACGAGAUAGAAAUAAAAAAUGGGAAGAAGAGAAACUGUCAGAUUUUCGUAUAUAAAUGAAGUAGGCUGUGAACGUCUCUCUUUUCUAACCUCAAAAAUGCGCGAGAAGUAUAUUGGUCUGAGGGUAAAGUAAUCUUAUUUUAUUAUUUAAUUGGCGUUGAAGUGAACGGAUAUUUACCAUGCCAUCAAAAAAGAGGAAAUACAACGCCAGGUUUCCAGCCGGGAGGAUCAAGAAGAUUAUGCAGACCGAUGAGGAAGUGGGGAAAGUUGCACAGGCUGUGCCAAUCAUAAUACCUCGAACUCUGGAGUUGUUCGUUGAGUCCCUCCUGACUAAAGCGAAGCAGGUGACCGUGGCGAGGAACGCGAAGACUCUCAGCCCGUCACACGUCAAGCAGUGUAUACUGGCCGAGUCCAGGUUCGACUUCCUUAAAGAUCUGGUCAAGAAUAUUCCCGAUGUCUCAGCGGCAGAGGAGAAGGAACAGAUAAGCGCAGAAAGUUCACCAAAUUCCUCCAGGUUUUCAGACACAUCAGCGCCCCGCAGGAUAGCCAGGGAAGACUCGAACAGCUCCAGCAGUUGUGACGUCAAAAUAAUACCCCUCCUCCCCGACACCCGCUUACCCCCCUCCGACACGGACCCCCUCAGAACUGCCACUUCCACGCUCGUCUCCACAGACCUAGCGAUAGACUUAUCUAAAAAAACUGACCAAAUACCCAGACCCAACUUCUACCAAGAAACAUUAACGGACGACUUACAACACAAAAGCGUUAUAACUGUCAACCCCACUUACAGCCCGCAACCUUCGACCAGCUACACUAGUUUAACUCUAGUUGAACCAAAACUCGAGCCAAAAGAUACGUUUUACGUAGAACAAUAUAAUAACGUUCCGUUAACUCCUGUCACGCCAACAGCGUCCGUUGCUCCUAUACUCAACAUAGAUUUCACUAAAGACUUCGCUAAGCCAGAAAUUAAGGUUUUAGACACAUCUGUCGCUAGCAUUGUAGGUGUCAAACCGGACACACAAAAGAAGUUACUAACGCAUCUGAGUAGGCAAAAUUCUAAGGGGAAAGACGUAAAAAAGGAAAUUAAACCGUUACAAGCUCCAACUAUGAGCAUAGAUUAUUUAAAUUCUGGCGAUUUGCAGAUCGACGAAGACUAUGAUACCUGAAUGUGUAUAAGUUUUGUUUUUGUGCGGAAGGCUUUAUCCAAAUUGCAUUCGAUGCUACUGAAAAAAAAAAAAUAUUUAAAAUUGUUUACAAUCUGAAAUGUAUCUAUAGUUAUUUGACGAAUUAUUGGGCCUAUCUUGGUCUAAUGAGAAUCAUUCCUUAUGUUGUUCUAUUAUGAAAAAAUUGCAAUUUGGAUGACGUCUGCCGCGCUAUUGUUUACCAAUUAGGUUAAAUAUCAUAAUUUCUAAUACGCUGAAAUAUCCGUAGUCACAUUUUUAUUUAAAUAGACUAGCCUUACCUCUGAAUAAGUUGUUGAAUUGUGUAUGUAUAAUGCGCGUCAUUGUAGCGGGUGAAUCGAAAUUUAGGAUAAAAACCACUGACCUCUACAUAUGUACGGAACACGUACAAAUGACAACUAAUUUUAUGUGGCAAGUUGAAGCGCCACUGCGGUUGUCCCGAGAACUAAUUUUCAUGUUCAUUGCAAAUGUCAAAUCUACCAUGACAGAUUGUGGUAUCGAUUAAAUUUUUUAAAACUUUGUUUUUUUUUUGUUUAAUUUAUUUGUAAAAAUUGCCAAAUAAAUACGACAGAAUGUGUGUUUUGUAAAACUCUACACACACCACUCAUUUUAGUUCCAUGGACAAUCAUAGCUGCCUUCAGCGCCAAAAAAUCAGCACAAUAUUUAUAAUGAUAGCAGCCAGUCCAAUGUGUAAAUAAGUGGAGGUCAGUGAUAAAAACUAAUACAGCAUGCCACAGACCAGAUGUAUCAAACGAUUCUAAAAUAAAUAUGACCUCUCACUUGCACAUUAUUGCCGUAUUGACUCACACACGGCGGUACUGUAUGCAAAAUAGAUGUUUGUUUUGUAAAAUUUUUCGUUUCUCGUGGUGAUUAUGUCCUGACAAUAGUUUUUUUUAAAGUCAAUAUACAGAAAUUUCUUUUUUACUGAUUUGAAAUAUGUGUUGAUAAAAAAUAUAUUAACUAAAGAAACAAUUUUUUUUCUAACGCUAGUACGGUCAUUUGUCACUGCAAGUAGGUACUUGUUACGCUAUCUUAAAUUAGUUUUUUUUAUCGAAAUUGUUAUAGUAAGAUGCUUUGUAUUUGAGGACCCCGCGAAGUUAAGCAAUAAUUUAGAACACUUGCAACACAGGGUCGCAGUGUAGUUUGUUUUUGUUUUCCAUAUGUAAGUUUAUACUUAGAUCUUUAUUGGAAAUGACGAGAAUUACAUCUCGUCAUUUUCGUGUCGAGAUGAAACACGCGAUGAAACGCACUGCGACGCGUCUGCGUCACCGUCAAUCUGAAUCCUCUCAUACAAAUUCAAUCAUUACAAAAUCAUGUCACACGUAGACGCAUUACAGCCCAGGAGAUCGAGAGAGUUGUUAGCGACGAAAUAAAUAAAUGAAGUUAAGACAUGUGAGCUUUGUUAAUGUUCGUGAAAAAGUGUGUGGGUGAUAUGUCUCACCCGUAAAUGAUGAUGUAUUUAAUAUAAUAUAGAUACGCAAUUUAUAUCUAUAAUGUAAAUGGGCGAAGAAUGCUGCUGGUUUCCGUUCCGAACAAAAAUGCGGUAAAUUCAAAUUUGUCAUUGAAAUGUCAAAUAUAUUUUUUUUUUCACAAAGAAAGUCUCAUUUUGUUUGGAGAAUAGUGUUUACCUACACAAUAAUAGAAUUAAGUGUUUUGUUUCGUUUGUUGCGUGAGUGUAGUCUUAGACCUUAGACAAUGUGAAUUAGGACAUAAACCUUUUAAUAGUUUAUGUACAUGUGUAAGAUGUACAGAUUGAAGACUUAAGAGUUUCUUGUGGAACAUCUUUGUGCGGGAUCGCUUUAAAACUGACCUGCCUUUAUACUAAUUAAAAAAAUAGAGACAUGUUCAUGAAUGGACUGCCCGAAUGAGACUUGGGCUGUAAAAAGUUUUCUGUCAGGCCUGUUAAUUUUACUACAAUAUUUCAUUCUUCCUACCGUAAGUGUGAGGUCCAAAUAAUCUUAUGAUUCCUUUGAAAUGUAGUUUGUAGGUACAUAAAAUCUUGUGUACCCCUGUACAUAUUGAAUGUAAUGGUACAAAAGCGAGAAUGUUUCUUGUAUUGAUGUGAUCAGCAGGAAUAAAUGACAUACAAUUUUA